UCCAAAGCAAUUCUUCUCUCAGUACGGCCUAGGUAAGCAAAAGGUUGGACACCCAGAAUCUAGAUAAUCUUUUUAAUCCAGGCUCUUCUAUAGGUAAAGCCCCACCACUCUCUCAACUAACCUCUUUAAAAAGGGAAGGUGGGAGAUAGGCUGAUAGUUAUCUAAAAUAUCCAGCUUCUCUAAUGGUUUCUUGAGGAGACAGUGUACACUUUAAGGUCCCUUUGUUCAAGGUAACUUUCAUUAAUCAGAUGAGACAUGCAGCUAAUCAAUAGGUGAUGGAGAUAACAUUGUGAGAAACCUUCCACUUCCUCAGGACCCACAUGUUCAAAAGUCACCCCAGUUCAUUUCACAGAAUAAUUUUUUUGUCAUCUCUGCUGACUCUGGACUUCGUCAGCCAGUAUCUGAAUAUGAGCAGUAUUAUCCUCCAGAUACUAUGCAAACUUGUUUCAGUGGUCUGGAAAUUCAUUUUCCCACCUAGCAUUUCCCAGCAGGGACAGAAUAACUUUAAACAAUAUGCUUUACAAUAUGCUCCGUUAAAGUGAUAUAAAUGGAAAAUUGUUUAUGAAUAUUGACUUUACUGUUAAUUACCAGCUGAAUUCAUAUAAAUAUUGGAAGAAUGGUUUACCCCAUUUUCUGUUGUAUACAGCAACUGGUGGAAGAGUCCACGUACAGGAAUGAACUUCAAAUGCAGCUGGACAGUAAAGAGAGUGAUAUAGAACAAUUACGUAGUAAAAUUUUAGAUUUGCAGCAAGGCAUGGACUCUACUAGUGUUGCCAGCCUUCAGGCUGAUGAAACAGACGGAAGUGUUACAGAAUCAAGAAUAGAGGGCUGGCUUUCAAUACCAAACAAAGGGAAUAUUAAACGUUAUGGGUGGAAGAAGCAGUAUGUUGUGGUCAGCAGCAGGAAGAUUCUAUUCUAUAAUGAUGAACAGGAUAAAGAGCAAUCUAAUCCAUCUGUGGUAUUGGAUAUAGAUAAAUUGUUCCACGUAAGACCAGUUACGCAGGGUGAUGUUUAUAGAGCAGAAACUGAAGAAAUACCUAAAAUAUUUCAGAUCCUAUAUGCCAAUGAGGGAGAGUGUAGGAAAGACUUGGAAGUAGAAUCAAUACAACCAGUAGAGAAGACAAAUUUCCUGAAUCAUAAAGGUCAUGAAUUUGUUCCAACUUUAUACCAUUUUCCAGCCAAUUGUGAGGCUUGUGCCAAGCCUCUAUGGCACGUAUUUAAGCCACCCCCUGCAGUGGAAUGUCGGCGAUGCCAUGUUAAGUGCCACAAAGAUCACUUGGAUAAAAAAGAAGAAUUAAUAGCACCAUGUAAAGUAAGUUACGACAUAACUUCAGCAAGAGACAUGCUGCUGUUGGCAUCCUGUCAGGAAGAUCAGAAGAAAUGGGUUUCUCAUUUAAUAAAGAAGAUCCCCAAAACACCACCAUCUAGUUUUGUUCGUGCAUCACCAAGGACUCUUUCCACAAGAUCUACAGCAAAUCAGUCAUUCAGGAAAGUUAAAAAUACUUCUGGAAAAGCUAGGUCAAAGGAAUAUGGAUCUGUGGGGGACAUUACUCAUUCAGAGAAUUCAAGUUACUGUUAACAAUAUAUGCAAGCUUCAUGGAUCUGACAUGAUGCAGUCUGAGAAUGGUGGACUUCUUUCACCAUACAGAAGUGUUCAGACCGGUUGUUCUUUCUGAUACAACUUUCACAAGCUUCAGGGCUAAGACUGCUGUUACUCACUCCUCCUUGCUUUGGCAUAAAAAGCUCGCCGAGGGUAUCUUAUUGCGGGUUUGCCUUAAGGUAGAUUAGAUUAAUUAUUACUAUGUAAUGCAAAUAAAAGCAAAUAAAGCUUAGGGUUAGUGCUGCCUUUAGAAAUUCCUGAAUAAUAAAUAAAUGCUUGUCAAUCUUAAUGGAAUGUGGUAAGCUUUUCUCAUAUCAGUGAGAAUGAGAGAACUCUUUACCCUAUGAGAGGGGUAUUUAUAUUGGGAUAAGCACACACACUUGAAUAUAGAAAGAAGGUAUCUCAAACUGAGAGAAGCUGAAAUUUUCAUUGAAGGCUCGAAGUUGUGCUAAAGCAGCAAAAUUUGCUUGAAAACAAAGCCUUAUGUAAUCACUUGAACAUUCAGUGCCUUUUCUGUAUUGUUAUUAAUGCUAAUCAUUCGUGAUAGCUCAAAGUAUUACACAGUUUGCUUUACAAAAUAUUAACUUCACAUAUUGGUAAAGGAGGAGAAAAUGAGUAAUUAAGGUAAUCAAUCUAUGCAUUAUUACCAAGCCAUACAGAAUUGUUUUUCAAGUGGCGUUAGAAGUAACUGUUAAAACAACCAAGUUUGGAAAUAAAUUUUGGUUCAUAAUUUGUAUAACAUGUUUCAUUUAAAAAUUUGAAGUGUGAAUCACAGUAAGCAUACACAUAUGCCUAUGUAUGCUCCAUUUAACAUGUAAAUUAUUGUUAGAAUAUUUUUAUUGGUUGUUGCCUUUUUAGUGCCUUAUUCUGAGAAUUCUUUUACAGCCAUGUCAAAUGAGUUUAGAAAGUUCAAAUACCUAUUGCUAUGUGUCAGUAGUUUUACUGAUUGAAAUAUUGUAGGAUCUAGUUCCAUUUUCAGUUGUACAGUCUUGAAUAAAACUGUUGGUUACCACAAGAUAAUUUAAUCAUAAUACAAAUAGUAGUAAACAUUUUUACCAUGAAAACAAUUUAAAUCUCUGUAACAUGUUAAAAUUCCAGAUAAGGAGUUGAAAUACUUUUAAAAUUCUUGUCUUGUAGCAGGAAUAUUAUUAUGGUAUUAACCGUAUGAUUUAUUUUAUUUCUUAACCAAAUACCUCUUUAGUAAUUUAUAAUGGCUUUGCAGUUAUGUAUUAAAUAAGAAGCACUGGAAAAAUGAUUCGUCUCCAUGGCGAUUUGCAUGUUUCAAGUGGUGAUGAAAGCCUAGCAAUAGAUAUGUAAUAAGCAUAUCUGUUAAUACAACAGUAGUGACUUGUGCUCAUUUAAUACAAAAUAAAACUAAUUUAUGAAAUAAUUAUUUUGAAAAUGACUGUGGUAUUUUUCUCCAGAAUACUGUUUCUAGGAAGUUUUGGAAACUGUUAUACUUUACAGAUGACCAACUGUUAGCAUAUUUAAAUCUGAUGCAACUUGAUAAUUUUUUAAAAAUUAAUUUUUUUAUGUCAUACUACAUUUUAAUACAGGGUAAAGUAGUAGAAAUCGCAUAGGAUAUUAAAGAACUUGUUUUGAUAAUUAAAUUGUUAAAUCCAUUUACUAAGCACAUAAUGAUUUCCAUCAGAAGCCUUAUACCAGGUACACAGCUCUUACAAUAUUAUAUUUACAUUAAUUUUAAUUUAUGCAUAAACCAUAAUUAUUAAUAAAAUAUGUCACAUUGAUCUCUACACUGGAAAUCAGUGAUACUGCUCUGUUACUAUAUACAAAUAAUAUGGACUCUAGCAAAGCUUAGGUGAAUAAUAGAAAUGAGAGAAGAUUGACAAUGAAUGCUCCAAAGUUAAAAAGACUUUAGAAAGUUAGUGUAGUUAAAGAAGGCCAGAGGAAUUUGAUUUUGUCAAAGCGGUUGAGAAAAGAGGACAGAAUGUUUGUGAUAGGAAGGUGAAAGACUGUGGGAUGACUGACGUGUAGUGUGAGAAGGCAUAAAGAUCAGCAAGUGGAAAGAAGGGAUAAAGGAGGAUUCAUGUGCUUGAGAUAGCAUAAAGCCAAAGAGAUGGGAUUAACUGAACUUUAAAGUUUUGUAACUGAUUCAGAGCAUGGAAAAGGGUCCACAAAGUGGUUAGAUAGACUGAUAGGCCUAUAGUGAAGAAAAAACUUACCUUGAGGGGACACUGAGAAGCUAACCAAGGAUAUGGUUACUGAAUUUGAUUAUUUCCUGGUUAAACCUAUUGGAGUGAAAAGGUAUGAAUUUGAAAUAUUUUGAGCUUGAAAUGCUCUACAAUACUCAGCACUGAAAACAAUGCUGCUUAGAAGAGUUCUGAUCUCUAAAUGGUACCAUUUUGAGUUGGAAACAUUUUGUCAGAAUAAUGGCAGAUUGCUUCUAAUAAGGUUCAGAACAACCGAUUUCAAUCUUGAAUUGUUUUAUACUCUUCUAAUUAAAACUUUAAAAUUAAGGGUUUUUAAAAGAAAAAAUACAUUCUGUUUCCAUGAAGACAAAAUAGAAUAAGUUUGAAUUUUUUAAAAAAAGAAUAGGUAUAAACAUUACCUGCAAAUAUGUAAUUUUCAAUGUUCCUACCACAAUUAACAACUUCAGUAAAUUGGAUGAGUGAUGCCUAACAGGAAGACAGAAAUAAUCUAAACAAUACAUACGCAAAGUGUAGCUUAAUAACACCAAAACUGACAUAGAAUUAUAUAUUAUAGGGAGAGGUAUAUUGAUGCAGAACAAUACUAGCCCAUGUAUAAAAUGUUGACAUGCAUUCUGGAGAAUUAUGCCUAAGCCCAAAAUUUAGAUUACUCAAUUUGUUUAAUCUCCAGGGGCUAUUUUAUAAUGUUAAAAGAAUUCAUUCCUGUGAUGUGUAUUUGUAAACAUCCAAUCAUGCCUGAUUGUGAAUUUGGUGUCAGGCCCCUCCCUGCAGUGUCAGUAAAAUGUGUGUUUUAAUGCAACAAUUCCAACUAUAUAAUAUAUCAGAUUUUGUAUUUUUAGUACUGUUAAGUUUUCAUUUUAAUGGUUUGUUCUUUGGUAUUCCUCAACCCAUAUGUAUAUAUUUGCCACCUUAUAAAUCCAUUUCAUGAAUCAUUUGGAGUAGCUGUUGCCUGUAAAACAUUAUGUUGCAAUAAAAUAAACCAAUGAAUCUUUGAAUUGCCAAAAAA